AUGCUUGAAACACAAAACCAGAGCAGUCCCCUAAGUCGUCGGGAGCUAAUUGGUCGUUGCUUAGUCUCCUGUGUCUUCGUCAUCCUUACUCACUUGGUCCUCUCAGUGAUCCCUCGCUUCUUCUCCGCCCUCUCCUUUCUAACCCAACUCGCUCUCUCGGCUCUGUUGCUUCUGCUUCUCCUGGGUUUUGGCGGAUGGUGCAGAAGAACGCUUCUCAGAUCAAAAGCUUCUGCUCCGGCUUUCGUCUUCUUCAAUAUUCUCUUCAUUUGGGUGUUUUACUUCUCUGUUGUCCGACCAGCUGUGCCGCAACUAAACGAUGCCGUUUUCAACUGUGGAGUUGUGUUCCUCUUUAUUGGUCUCUAUAGGAUCAUGACAAGUGACCCCGGCAUUGUUAGAAAUGGGUCCGCCUCUCUACAACAGCGUAUGGAGAGUCCAUUUUCUCAAGUUGAUGAGGAGUUGGAGCAAUUUGCAAGUGGUUUAGCCCAUGAAUCAACUCAAGAUUCUGGUUUCUUAAUGAGGGUAAGAUACUGCAAGACCUGCAAGGUGUAUAUAAAGGGUCUUGAUCAUCAUUGUCCUGCUUUUGGAAAUUGCAUAGGCCAAAAUAAUCAUCCCCUCUUCUUAAUUCUUCUGUUUGGAUUUAUUGGUACCGAAGCUGCUUAUCUAGUGUGCUCAUCACUCUCUGUGGCCAAAUCUGGGAUCUUGGAGAGACCCUCACAGCUUACUCUUUCUGAAGAUUUAGUUGUUAGCACAAUUCUGUUCACCAUUCUCCAACUUCUAUGGCAGGUUUUGUUUGUGAUAUGGCACAUAUAUUGUGUAUGCACGAACAUCAGAACUGAUGAGUGGAUAAACUGGAAGAAGUAUCCUGAGUUCCAACUGGUUAUUCCACCUGAACCAGGACAAAACUUUGCAAAUAUUAGGUUCUGGAAUCCAUAUGACAAAGGCAUUGUACAGAAUGUGAAGAAUUUUCUAGCGUUAAGAUCAUAGAAGUUGUCAAUGCCUGUUAAUACAUAAUCCUUGCGUUAUUGUUCCAUUCAUGAAGAAAGCAGUCUCCCUCUAUUGCUUCUUUUAUAUUCCAGCAUUUGGAGUAGCAUGACAAGCCUUUGGGAGGUAUGCAAAAGUACAAAAUCAUUCUACCUCUGAUUUGAUUUAGAAGUAAGACAAAUUGAAAUGUUUGACAAAUUCAAAAGCAUCCUACCAGCCUGUACAGUUUCACACCAAGGUUCUCCAAAAUUAAGGUUGCCAAAAUUACAUCAAUGAUUGCUUCAUGUCCUAGCUUUACCUUAAAUAAUCGAUUUAUUCUGAUGCUUUUGUUUUUUCUUUUGUUUUUAGAAUUGAAGAUAUGGACAAUGAAUAAGUGUAAUGAAAGUAGUCAACCUAUACAUAAUCCCUCUGAAAUGCGUAGAUUACAAGGGGGAGAGUAAGUGACACAAGGUAAGGUCUUGUCAUUAGAGGUCUAAAUGCAAUUAACAGCCUGAAAUAGUAAGAAUUUAUGGACUGGUCAUAAAGUCUCAAAUAGCUAGCAAAUUAACCAAAGCUCCUACUUAAGAAGACU